CCGAAGCCGCUGUAGCAAAUUAGCUUGGACUUUGUUUACGUUCCGUUUGGUUCUGUGACAGCUGGUGCAUCGUCGGACUGACACCUACGACAGCAUCUGCGCUUCUCCUGUGGACGUCAGGACCUUGAAAAACUUUAAAACCUGCAACCUUUAUAUUGCUCGCGGAAUGAUUUUUGAAUGAAGUAGACCUGCUGCUACAUGCCGACGGGAGGAUGAACUCCAUCACCGGUCGGGUCCUCACCAUCCCCGGUGCGUCUGUCUCUAACUCCGGAGCGUCAUCUUCCCGAGCCUUGCAUGUGGAGCUCACGUCUCAGCAGAGACGAUUACGUCAUCUCAGGAGCAUCGCUGCAAGAAACAUCGUCAACAAGAAUGGUUCUCCACUUCUCGACACGUACUUCACCCUCCACCUUUGCAUAGGCGACAGAAUAUCCAGCGACUUCUACAAGAGUGAAGUCAUACGAGACUCACUGAAUCCCACGUGGCGAAGCCUGGACUUUGGCAUGCUGCCCGAUCUUCUCGACACAUCAGUGUCUUGUUUUGUGGUGAGGAUCUGGGGAGGCCAGAAGACUGAGUACCAGCUUCUCAUAGAGUGGAAGGUCAAUCUGGAUGGCCUCAGAUACACAGGACAGCAGAUCCGAUCCAGGAAUCCAAAUGAGAUCAUAUUUGGGUUGAAUGAUGGCUACUAUGCAGCUGACUUUGAUCACAAGGAUCACUCGGAGCGGACGAAAAACAGUCUCCUCCAUGUCGACCAGAGUUCAGUGAGGAACUCUUACAAUGUUUUCUCUUUGCUCAGGCUUCACACCGCCCAGAGGGCGAUCAAACAGACCCAAGUCACAGUGCAGAAGAUUGGGAAGGAGAUUGAAGAAAAACUAAGAACGACUGCGACAUGCACGGACCGGAAAAAGGAACGUGAAUGUAUGCAGCUCCGCAUUGCGGUGCUUCGGACUGAGCUGCAGCGGCAGAGAAAAGCUCUGGGCCGGGAGAUCGACCAGAGGCAGAAGGACAAACUGCAGCGUCAGAAGAAAGAGGAAUCAUUCACGGCUCAACAUGAGACUCUGACGGAGGAGAAAGAUUCUUUAACCAGGCUUCAUAAGGAAUGCACAGCCAAGAGGGAGCAGUUCCUUAAGUCCAAUGCCCAGCUCACCUUCCGAUGUCGUCAGCUUCUCUCUGAGCUUUCAUACAUCUACCCAAUAAAUGCGGCAACUCAGUCGGAUUAUGUUAUCUGCGGAGUGAAACUGCCAAACUCUGAAGACUUCCAAGCAAAAGACGACGGGAGUGUGGCAGUUGCUCUCGGGUACACGGCACACCUGGUCCUGAUGAUCUCGUGCUUCCUGCAGAUCCCUCUUCGGUAUCCAGUCAUUCACAAGGGCUCACGCUCCUCCAUUAAGGACACCAUUACUGAUAGACUCACAGAGAAAGAGCGAGAAUUUCCUUUAUACCCCAGAGGAGAGCGGUUUCAUUUUGAAUAUGGCGUCUACUUGCUCAACAAGAACAUCGCCCAGUUGAGGUAUCAGCAUGGCCUGACCACACCAGACCUGCAGCAAACCUUACCCAACCUAAAGAACUUCUUGGAACAUGGCCUGCUUGUCCGAUGCGACAGGCAAUAUGUCUCCAGCUCCAUCCCUGUGCCCUCCAAGUCUCAGCUCAGCGUGUCUGCCACCUCUGAGAUCGGCUUCCCCUGCCACACCAGUUCCCCGGACAGAGGGCUCAGGAAACGAGCGAGCUCAGAAGCUGAUAAGUAUAAGAGCAAUCCUCCGCCCAGCUACAGCGCCAUCAUGGGGGAGGAGCAGCCAGCGGAAGGCUUGGCUCCACCCUCACCUUCAUCCAAACACCUGUCCUCCUCCCUGGACGCCGGCAUCGCUUCUCUUAACCUGACUGAACACGCAGAGGUGCGACAGCAGGAGUCGGAGGAGACGGCCACCGAGGCGGAGGAAGGCAAAGAGGAGAACAUCUUAAACCAAAAAAAGGCUGAGGAGCAACAGGUGAGCUGCUCACUCGCUCCCAACUCUUCAUCUGAAGCAGAACCGAAGGAGGCGUCGGCGACCGGGCUGCACCUCGGGGUCAUGAAUGGCUCUUUGAUAGCCGGACUUGCAGCAGAAAUGCGCUGCUCGGUGGAGCAGGCCGAGGAGAUCAUCGGCACGGAGGCCACCAGCUUGGGCCUGGGCUCAGAAGAAGAGGCUCGGAUGGAGGACUACCGCUGCAUCCCUGUGGACCACGCUGUGGCUGUGGAGUGUGACGAACAGGUUCUGGGCGAGCUGGACGUGGCUGGUUUUGAAGAGUUUUCCAGGCGGAUCUAUGCACUCAAUGAGAACAUGUCUAGCUUCCGCCGGCCGCGGAAAAACUCUGACAAGUGACACGCUUAAACAGAGGGGAGUGGGAAGUAUUGCACAGGGGGCCGAUACAAUGCACAUACGAGAGGGCGCUAUGGAGUCUCAUAUGACUUCAAACUGGAUCUAUUAAAAAAAAAAAAGUGUUGCACUUGAUCUCUACAUUUCCAUCAAUAUUUUAAUGCAGUGGUGCAAGUACUGGGGCAGACACUCGCCAGUUGUGUAUUUUAAUCCAUUGGACCUAAAUAAUAACUUUUUUAAUGAGAAAUUAAAUCACAUAUUGUUAAUCUCUUUUUGUGUUUUUAAUAAACAAUAAAAGGAUGCAUACUGUCCGGAAUCUUUGCAGAGCACUUUGGUUUCCUUCAACAUUCCAAAUUUUGCUCUUAGCUUCACGGUUAUCUGUGUGUGCUGUUGUAUGUGUUGUGUGUCCUGGGAUGAACUGAACCGCAGCUGAGUGUGUUGGAUUAGGCUCCCAUCAAAACUAAACCUCUGCUGACCAAACAAGUCGUUGAUAGGAAGUCUACACUGUCCCAGUACUUUCACCCGUGACUGUAUAUGUCAAACGUCUUCAUUUCAGAUGCAGAUUGUGUGCUUGUGGUCGCUCCACCAAUGACCUGUUAGCUGUGUGACCCGGUAAUGUGAGGUGGGACUCGUGACAAAAACAAGCUGCACCUCAUUCCCUCGUACAUGACGUACCGACGACAAGUUCUGCCUUCAGGUCUUCAAACAGCUGUUAGAAAGGACCGGGCAGGGCUCAUUUUCAUCAUUGCAUUUGCUCUGUCUGAAGAAGUUUCUUAACCUCGUCUUUCCAAGAACAAGUCGCCGUCAAUUUCACUCCUGCCCUGUCACUUCCUGCUGUGAAGAACUAAAGGCAGAAACCUGUUUGAUCAUUUCCAUGAAGUCAUUUUUGAUCUGUAAGAGACCAUGUACAUAUGCUUUUGUAUGGAGGGUUUGUUUUGUUAUUAAAGACUUGCAGUCCAAUGGCAUGAACUCAUGACGCCCGCUCAGAAGUCUGUGUUCUUCGUGACUAAAAGAAAGAAAAUUGAUGUCAUAGAAUCUCUUCAGCUGGUUCAAUAAUGAAACAUAUUUUGCUCAUAAGUUGAGCGGUCAUAUAGGGAUGGACUUCCGUCACAUCAUUUUCCACCUGUGCUCUACAUCUUUGUUUACAGCUCAAUGAUGGACUCAAGACCACAU